AUGAAUGGGACUGAUUUCCGAGGGGUCAAGAUCCCAGGGGCUGAUCUCUCGGGCGGCCAGUUUGAUUCGGCACAUUUUCAGGGCGCCGAUCUGAGAGGCGUCAACUUUGCGAGGAGUUGGUUGAGACAGGCGGAUUUUAGCACCGCGCAGAUGGAGGGCGUUCGGUUUGGAGACAACCAGAUUCGUAGGACAAUAUGGGGGGACGGAGACGUAAAACCUGCAGAGGAGAUGGCGAUUUCGCCCUGCGGCAAGCGAAUUGCGUCAUCAAGCGGACGCAUUCUAUGCGUAUGGAAUGCGGAGAAUGGCGAGAAGUUGCUUGAGAUGGGUGGUCAUAUCGGGGUGAUUAGGAGCGUGAAGUACUCACCGGACGGAAGUCGACUCGUAACAGGCGAUGGCGAGAGAAUUCGGAUUUGGGUUGUGGCGACUGGACAGGUUGAUGCUGUGUGGCGGGUUUCUUGUGGACCCGUGCUUUGUCUUGACUAUUCACCAAAUGGUCAACAUCUCGUCUCUGGUCAUGAGAAUGGGAGUCUCCAGGUUUGGGAUCUAACCUCCCGAAUGCCUGGCCCAAUCUUGCAUGGACAUACUAGAUCCAUUACCGUCGUCGCAUACUCACCUAGUGGUCAAUGGAUCGGAUCUUCAAGCUUCGACCACACACUACGGCUCUGGGAUGCCGCAACAGGAACCUGCUUAUCUGUCUUUUUCGGCCACACUCGCCCUGUCACCUCGUUGUCGUUUUCUCCAGACGGUGUUCAUAUUGCUUCAGGAGGUGAGGAUGGCAAGAUGCGAGUCUGGGAGACGGACUCCAGCGAGCAUAGCAUUCCGUCCAAUGGCCAUACCAACACCAUUUACAAAGUCGCGUACUCUCCCGAUGGGCUUUAUGUUCUUUCUGGCAGUGACGAUCGAACCGUACGACUUUGGGACUUGCAGCAUGACAUGCGUGGAUCGAUUUUGUUUGAGGCCUCAGAAUGGAUCAGCUCAAUGGCGAUUUCUUUGGACGGCCUCCAUUUCGCAACAAGCAGUAACGGUGCAACCAUCCAGCUACGGGAUCUUCCGUCCAAUAGCAGCAUCAUCGAAAACCGAACAUUGCAAGGACACACCAAGAAUGUGAUCGAUUUCGUCUACUCGCCCUGUGGUCGCUGGAUCGCCUCCUGCAGCUGGGAUAAGUCUGUCCGAUUGUGGGACCUUGACUCUGAAAUCGUUCUGCACCAUGUCCUUUCACAAUUGCCAUCGAACACGGACGACAGUAUCAGCCGCUUGGCGUUUUCUCCGACUGGGCUUCAGCUCGCGACCGGGGAUUCGUCUGGCAGAGUUCGCGUGUACGAUGUUCAAACUAGACGCCUUCUGAACUCGAUGACGGUUCAAGAACCACUGGGAUCAGCUUCUACUUACUCGCCGCCCAGUCUAUGGGACUACGAGACAUAUGACCCUGGUUCCAGACUGGAUAGACCCUCUCCGAUUUCAGCAAUAGCUUAUUCGCCCAAUGGCCAACAAAUCGCCGUUGGCACCUCAAACGGAUUGAUUCAACUGUGGGACAUUGUGCCGAACAGAUUUGGUGCCAGGCUGGACGGACACAAGAGCUUGGUCGGUUGCUAG